CGCAAUGGCGGGCUCGAAGCGCGAGGAAAUUGGCGCGACGAUGGCCGCGCUGCGGGCGCAGCGAGCGAGCGACGAGGCUGCCCGUGCGGCCAACGAGGUAGCGAAGCGCGACCACACGCGAAGCCUGCUCAAGCUCAUCGCACUCGACUCGGAGUUUCGCGACGACCUCAUCGCAUUUGACGAGGAGUGCAAGCUACAGUGCGAGCGCCACGACCUCCAGCAGCAAAUACGAGAGCUCGACGCCGAGUACCAAGCCGCCAAAUACGCUCACGCGGGCGACGGCGACAAACGCCGCAAGCACGAGCUUUUGGCGGCGGCCAAAGCCAAGCGCGACCAAGGCACGGUGCUGCUUCGCGCCAAACUGACAGAGCUUGGCGAUCCACCGGCGUCGCCCUUGAAGAAGGCGCCGUCGCGCCUCACGUCGAGCGGCGUCAAGGAGAUGAAGGCCGAGAUCAAGCGGCUAUGGCGCGAGAAGCAUGCGAUGCCGGAUCCCAAAGUCGCCUACCUCGAGAUUGGCAAGCUUCUGCGCAAGCUCGGCGACGAGGUCAAGGCCAUCGAGUACGUGACCAAAGCUGUCGGUCCCAACGCCAAGGCGACCAACGCGAUGGUGCCACCGACGCCCGACGAGCUCGCGACGCUUCGGCGCAUCGAACACAAGCGCUUGUGUGAAGCGCACUCGAUUCUCUUCCACUACUACUUGAAGCUGCCCGAUGCGCAGCGCUGCGAAGAACAUAUGGUGGCCUAUCUGGCCUUAGCCGACGGCGACGUGCGCAUCAAGACGCUCAUCUACCUCGACAAGCUCCUCCGCCGCGUGAGUGGCGUCGACCAAAUUGGGCAGCCGACGGUCGAGAGCAUGACGCAGUCCAUCAUGGUGCGCCGCAGCCUUGGAUGCUUACCAGAUCUCCGUUUUCGCGUCCUGACGCAGCUGAGCGCAGCCUUUCCACAUGACGCAUAUCUGCUCUCGUCGAUCGCGAGCCUCAACGUCCGGCGCUACGACUUUGGCGCCGCCAGGACCGCGACCGACGCAUACACGUCGCUUCCCGAGAUCGCGCGCCUGCACCUGAGCGCCGACGUCCUCGAGUACGUUCCAGCGCCGGCGCUUCGAUGGCCACCGCCGGCUGGCUCCACUUGCUAACGCGUGCUGGCCCGCUGCGUGGGAUUGGCCUCGGGCCCACGAUCUCACCUGACAUACCACGCCUGGUCGGAAUUGUUGACAAAAACAGGGACUGUUGCGGAAUCGUGAAUGGAUUUAUUGUAUGCAA